CACUAUCCCGCAGCUAGCUCAGUACUUCUCGUUUUGCUUCGAUGGACGAUGGAGGCGAUCCUUCCAAGGAGAAGAUCCAAGUGUCUCCCGCAGAUGAUCAAGGUCAAGAAAAACCUCAGGGCAACAACAACAACGAUGAUGAGGUAGACAUUCGUGGUGUAACAUCGAGCAAAGAAAACACGGGCACACCAAAGAAAAAUGUAAAGAAAAGAGGAUGCUGUGAUUUUUUUGAUUCUUCAACUUCGAUUGAAUCUGAUGAAGAAGACACGACACAUGCACCAACCAGAAGGGAGGAAGACAACCAGCGAAAUAAGAAUGUGAUGGUGGACGAGCCUCAGAGAGACAAGAAUGUGACUGUGAACAAGCCUUACUCAGAUUCAGAAGAAGAUGCUGAAGAUAUUGUCGGAAGCAUUACACUUAACAUAGAAGACUGGAGACCAGAGGUCACAGUAUACCCAAGCUCUCCUGAAACUGAUUCCCCGUAAGUAUUCAGGACUGGAGGCCAGAAGAAUGUACCAAAGUUUGGUCUGCUGAUUCCCACUUGUCAGCUGGAUAAUUUCGCAGUAAACAUUGAAUAAGUUGACUGUUAUUUGCUUGUAGCCUUUAUUACCCCGCAAUCCCCU